GUAGAAACUCACAUGUUGUCCCUUGCUGUAUAGUGACGUUAGUAGAGAAGGGAAGAGGAGAGAAGUCCAGACAUCCACUCAGGAUUCAUUCGGGACAAUAGUGCGUGCGAACAAAACGUCGGCACACAAUCUUAAUUAACCAGUAAAGUGAAGAAACUACUUUUAGGUGUCCUAACAGCACGUAAGGUUGUGUCGGUGGCGCUGGACACCAGUUGUGGUACCGACCCAGAAACGAACCACCAUCAAGUGAUGCUGUCACCGGAGAGUCCUUCCAAAUGGCAAGUUCAAGAUUCCCUCUCUUUGACCCCCAGUCUCCUCUACAGCGAGAGUGUCCAGAUGCAGCAUGAAUCGGAGGUCUUCUCCUCUGAGAUUGAGUCUGCAGGAGUUGUGCCUGGUCCAAAGCCAUGCUCUUUGGCCAACGGGAGCUCUCAUAAUACAAAAUCUCCUCUCACCUUUAUGAACCGGAGGAGUGGUAGAGCUGAUAAUGUUCAAACUGGAUGUUCCUCAGCGUCUCCACCCUACACCAUUCAGACGUCAACAUCAGUCGAAAGGAUUCCCACAGAGGGGGACUUGAGGUUUGCACGCAAAUGUGCAGAGCUGCAUGGGUACAUCAGACCCCUGUUGGAGCUGUUGAAGGGACUGAAAACGGGUCGAUAUGAUAAAGGUUUGAGCACAUUUCAACAGAGUGUUGCCAUGGACAGACUGCGAAGGAUUGUGGGUGUUCUACAAAAACCAAACCUUGGGGAGAAGUAUAUGGGCACUCUUCUACAGCUGGAGAUGAUGUUAAAGGUUUGGUUCCCUCGGGUGAGGCCUCAGCAUCACGAAGACACCCCUUCACUCCACAGUCUCAUGGCUAACCUGCCUUCACGCUGGAAUCAGGACCAGUUACAUAUUCCUGUGAAGAAACGCAGAUUAAGUUGGUCAGAUUCAGACUCUCAAGGUUCUUCAAGCAGCAAACGCAUUCAAGAGGACGACCGAGGACUGAGUCCCAGCGAUAGCAGCUCAUGGCUCAGCAGCUCCGAAACCCCGUCUAGUGAACUUGAAGACAGUACAUUCUGUACAAAUCAAAAUAAUGUGUCAUCUGAAAUCAGACUCAUUGAAAACGGCAAACUUCUAGUCAGGCAAAUGACAAACUCCUUAAAUGAAACCCCUAUGACUGCAACAGCAAGACCUCCUCCGCUUGUAAUACCAUUGUCAGCCACAGACGGCAGCCGCUUGGGCAUGCAGGACUGUUCGGUGUCCUCCACUACUCCUACUUCUGCCUCACCAGUGGACAUGAUGAUGAAUGAGAAAGAUGUGGGUGAAUCUGUAAAAGAAGAAGGGCCAAAAAAACAGGUUAAUAGUUGCACAGAGAUAUUAAACGCAUAACAUUUUUGAAGUUUCUCAUGCUUAAAAGAAUGAUUGACUUCACCAUUUCUCCAGCCUGUUGAUACUGAGAAUUCAUUGUUUUUCCACAAAGUUUUGUUCAUUUAGUUUUGUUAAUUUUGCAUUCUGCCACAUAUAUGUACAGCACAGAAGUUAUCAUAUGUACUAUGUGACAUAAGAUUUGUGUUUAUAUGGUUAUAGUUUGAAGAAAGAAAUGCUAGAGCCGUAUUGUUAAGCCGCAAAACAUGCACGGCUAUCAAACACUCUAUUGCUCCACUUUCCAUGAUAACACAGACUUCCAACAAUACCUGCAGCUUUUAUGAACAGAAACCAGGAAGCCAGAUAGCAGGAGAAAAAUGCUUUGACAAAACGUCCAGAAGCAUGACUGCAAUUGCAAUCUACUUUAAUGCUCUUUGACUUGAAUUGAAAACCACUUUGAGCAUCGGAUGAAAUAGAAUUGCAUCAUAUGGGAGGAUAUUUUAGAGGCAGUUUUAUUUAUUGCAUUAUUACUUGAAGAGACUGAAUUCACUAAAGCAGCCUUAAAGUGUCUGGGCUGUGGUCCAUUUAUCAUAGUUUAGUGUCUUAUAUUUAUUAAGAGACCGAAAUAAUAAUCCCAGGAACAACAGAUGGGAUGCAUCGUGAAGUGUUAUUCUAUAAUCUGGAGAGUAAGCAUUCAUUUAUUGAAAAUGGUCUUGCCAAAAACAAUGUGCAUUUAUGUUGUUCUGCUUCCAUAUUAUAAUAGUUAAUUUUGCCUUAGAUAUCAAGAUUUUUGUUAUAGGAAACUGCACAAUUGUUUCCUUUUAACACACCUUUUUUUUCUAUUUAGAAUUUGUAAAUCUGAACAUUGUGACAUAUUAAUCAUUCUCUAAAACGAACAUGUUCAGGUUAAUGAUGAAUAUGUGGCAUGUCACACACUGUAAAGGUCACACUGAGGAAGAUUAGACUUGUAUUUUAUUUAGUUAUUUGUAGAAUAGAUUCUGACAUUAUAGAUGCAGUAUUUGGUAUGAGAAGAACUUUUUGGUUAUGUUGACUGAGAUGCAUGUAGUCACGUCUUUGUGCAGCUGUACAAGUAUCGUGUGAAAAAUACAUUGUUGGAAUUAUAAUGGAGACAGUACUGCUUGGGAAACAUGAACAUGAAGAUGUAUUGUGAGGCUAAUAUUUAAUGGCACUUAAC